GACCUAUAUUCAGUUCAGCAAACUAACGUUUCUCCUAUAAUCGUCUUUUUUAACUGUAUGCGGGAAACGUUACCCUUUUUGAACUGAAUACAGGUCAAUCUAAACUAAAUGAAAGGGAAAUUUAAAGCACCCAAUUGUAGAAAAUUUAUGAAUUAAAUCACAGUUCAUACAAUUCUUUGCUCCCAAUUCAUGUCUGCAGAGCUUGAACCCAUCUCCUAACAAUUAAUUCGGCAAUUUGCUUGGGAUGGAGUUGCUCUAAGAAUAACUUUUUUUUUUCACCUGCACUUGUAAUUUUCGGUUUCUUUACUGCAAUUCAUAUUGUAACCAUACCAGUUUAGAAUAAAAAUGUAAAUUCCCUUCAAUGGCUCAGAUUUUAUUUGAGAAAUGUGUUGAGCUUUUGGCCCUCCUUCACACCAAAAGAAAAGAACUGUGUAAAAUAAAGAAUCAAUAAUGAAAGUGUUUUUUGUUAAUGGUAUAGCCCAUAGAAUAGCUUAGUUUGCCUUUUCUAUUGGCAAUGAACUAGUUUGGUUCAAGGAGGCCAUUUCUAUUGGCAAUGAUGAGAUGGACAAAUACUAAAAUUGACUUUCACUAACCGACGUCUUUAGAGUUCUAUUCCUUCAAAUUGACCAAUUUUAGACAAUUUAAAUCAUAAAUUCGUUAGCUAAAUGACAUGAAUUAGGAGAUUCAAAUCUUCAUUGAUGUCUUGAUAGUUUAAACAUGCUUAACUUUUGUCCACGUUAUCACGGAACGCUAGUUUAAACAUGCUUAACUUUGGUAAGAAUCUGAGAGCCUCCAGAUGUCAAUUAGCAUAAUAAUGUAUGAAUUAGAUUAGUUUUAAGACGUAUUAUUAUCGUAAUUGUCUGAUUAAGUGGGCUUUGCGGUUUUGCAGAUGGGAGUCACUCUUACAUGUUCCGCCAUCGGAAGAAGCAUAUCGACUGGACGCGGAUCGGUGCAUUUUCCGUUGAACCUUCAGAAGCAUUCCUAACAGAAAAGCUGAUCAAACCAUCAAGGCUCCCAGAAGGAUAGAGCAUACAGAAAAUGUUGGAGUCCUGCGGCUGUUGUGUGUUGGAUAAAGUUAAAACUGGGAUAUGGAUUGCUGAUCUCCAACUUGCUCGAUGCCCCGUCUGCGAGCUCAAUACUUGUGAUGGAACGAUGCAGACAUUGGAUGCAAGGCAUAUAGAACUGUUCUUGAGCGAGGGGUACAAGAAUGGAAGUUGGGAUUACAAGCUCAUCGGUCACCAUGUCAACGAGCAUGCCAAUGGUGCUUGUGGGGCAAUUUUUGAUAUGAAACACCUCAAGGACUCUUCAACAUCUGCAGCAGUGUUUAAUCUCAAGCCAUGGGUGGGCAAACCAACAGACUGGCAACCAAAGGCUGUCAUUACUCUACAUGCAGUUGCAGUCAACACAAAUUUGCAGAAGAACGAAGGACUUCAAGUGAAAUGCCAUGUCAUGAGAGCUGGACUUCAAGGAGAAGUAGCAUCCAUCAGAAUCUCACAGCAGCUCCUGUAAAGUCCCACGCCUCAAAACUUGCUUGCCAAGCUACACGAAACAGAUUCCCGGAACUCCACAGGUUAUUGCCAGUUGCUAGUCUCCGAAAGGGAACUUAAAACGCCUUUCAAAUAAUCAGAUACUAAGAAAAUAUUUCAGUUAAUAGCUUAAUUUCCUGUUAGAGAUAGAUUUGGUCGUUCUUGUAGAACAAAUGGGCACAUGAUGUGCUGCUACAUAUACAUGUUUACAUGCUCACACUCACACACAUACUUGUGAAUGAAAUCAAUGAACGGCUCAGAUGAAA